AGCUAUAUUCUUCCUGGGGGAGCUCUUGCUCUUGCCGUGUUCGUAUCGCUCUCAACUUCAAAGGAUUUGAAAGACUAAUUGGUAAAUUUGGGUUGAACUUUAGUCUUGAACAAGCUGAAGGCCCUUAUUGUGGAUUAUAAUUUUUACAAUUGCAGCACCCUACGGUCUUACCAUAUUUUAGAGUGCUUUCAUCACUUCAUACUGAUGUUGAAUACCCGGUGUUCUCCAAAUAAAUUCAAGGAAACGGUUUGCAAUUUAAGUGAAGACAAAAAGGUUGCCGUACAAGAGAUUGGGUUUGGGUCCCUUUUAGACAUCGAGUGUACCAUUUUGAAGUGCAACCUGUGCUUAUGGUUGGUAGAACACUUUGACCCUAGAACAUCUCAUCUCACCCUUGAAUCUGGCGCUCGGAUCCAUGUUACGCCAAGUGACGUUGAAGAGGUACUUGGCCUACCCUCGGGAAGAGGAGAAGAUGUGCCAAAUUAUAUUGUACAAAGUGUGCAUUGGUUAGAAAAUGGCAUUUUUUUAAAGGACGGUGUAAUAGAAGUGCCAAACUUAGUGCAUCAAUUAGACGUUCUUCCUGUUGGGGAUGACUUCAAGAGGGCUUUUGUCCUUUUCGCUUGCGGAUCACUUCUAGCACCCAUAUCGAAAAAUGAGACAAGCAAAAGGUUAUUGGCAGCGGUUGACAAUGUGGAUGCUAUUAAAUCGUAUAAUUGGGGGAAGUUUGUUUUAGAUUGGUUGAAAAAAGGAAUUGCGUCCUAUAAAGGAAAGGAAGGAAGAGAAGGUUGUACAUACAUACAUGGAUGCUUGUUCUUUCUCAUGCUUUUCUACCUACACCGUGUGGAUGUCAAUGGACCAAAACCGAAGCCUGAGAUGUCAUGCGUACGUGGAUGGACCAACAAAUUAAUAGGCGAGAGGUUGAAUUUGGAGAAGCAUAAAUAUAAUGGUUUCGACUUCGGUGAGGUAAAGUUUACAACUGAUACAUCUGAAGAUGCCGAUAAGGAGUUGGCAUAUGAAAUUAUUAAAGUUGUUAAGAAAUGGAAGCAACGGCACAAUGUAGGCCAAGGCAGGGGGUCGAGAUCCUCAGAACCCAGUUCAUCCACACGACAACCCAACCCAUCUUCGCAAUUGUUUGCACAACACAAUCCGAUUGAGGAGGAAGAUGAAUCCCACAUACCAGUGGAGGAGGAAUUCGAAACCUCCACAAGACAAGCAAACUCACCCUGGCAAUCUUUUACAAAACACGAUCCCAUGGAGGAGGAAGGAGAAAUCCCCGCACCAAUGGAGGAGGAAGUGGGAACCUCCACAGCAAUGGAAGAGGAGCGUGAUGUGCAGGAAGCAGUGAUCCCUUUAUUACGUGUUAUAAAGCCUGGGCGCCAUAAGGGAUCACCUUGGGUUGAAAUGAAGGUCAACCGAUUGCGUGUCCUUCGUCCAGAAGCAAAGGCAGUCAUCUCAUAUGCCAUGGAUGAGAGCAGAAAUGAUGAUGAAAUGCUGGUGAACAUAAAUGAUAUUUUCCUCACAAGAAAAGAGAUGAGAACAAUCUCUUACAAUCAUUGGAUAUCAAAUAUGGUGGUUGAAGUCUAUUGCCAAAUGCUCCAGCUGAAACAAAAGCGUAGAGGAACCAAAUUUUUCUUUCCGCCUUCGAUUGGGAUUGAACUUUCCAAGAUACCUUCAAAAGUGGUUGAUAGGAAAGGUAAAAUACAAGCAGUUUGGAACAACUAUAAAAGGAUAAGGAAUGUCGAUGAUAACAAAGUUUGCCAAUUCAAUAUGCUUUUCUUUCCAAUACUUGUAAAUGAGAAACAUUGGUGCUUGUAUGUCUUUAACAUUUGCGAUAGUCGUAUGGAUGUGUUGGAUUCAAACAAACAUUCUUCGCAUGAUAAGCGUACUCCAGACAAGAUGUCAAAAGAUUUGGUAAUGUUGGUUGAGGUAUUCACCGGAAGAGAUCUACAAAACUUCAUAUACAAUGUGCCCAACGUACCUCAACAGCCCGAUAGUGAUAGUUGUGGUGCUUUCAUGUUGGACUUCAUGGAGAAAUGGGAUGGUUCACUCAGUCACCCAAAAGAGAAGGUGGAUGUUGAUAGAUUACGUGCAAUUAUUGCUUCAAAUUUGCUUUCAGAUGACAAUAACAAAAUGAAGGAUUUUGUAAAGAACAAAGCACUUUAUCCAUUUGGUCAAGCAUGUUGAUUUCAACUAACAAGGUACCAUUUACCUCAAGGAACCUCACAUACCAGUAUUUGCCCAGUUGGAAGCUAGAGGAAGUGGGAUAGGACGAUCGUUGAAUUUUCUAAAAAGUGGUACCUGAAAUGAUGUGGGAUAUGGGACAUUUGUAUUGUUGAAUAGUGUCAUUU